GCAGGGUCGGCGGCCCCGGCCGUAAGGCCUUCGCAAUAUUGAUUCCCCCAGGGGUUGGGAUAUGUUUUGCGGUCUCGCCCUUUUCUGGACUGCGGUGAAUGGCAGGUCCAUGCUCGCAAGGUCGACUGACGAGUCGCUGCAGUGCUUCUUCUUGAGCUCUGUCUUGGAGCAGAGACAUGCUUUGGCCAGCCACGGUUCCGCUCCAAGCAGGAAAUGGUCCUUCACGUUGGCUUCGAGAUCUGCAAUGGCCCUGGAACUGGCCAGCGUCUGCAUCGCGAUCCACUGCAGCGUAGAGCUGUCCAUCGCGUCCGACUGGCCUCUGGUUGAUUCUGCUCCUCCGCAUUCUUUGCCUCAGCCUUUGCCACCGGCUGAGAUGACCAGAAUCCUGGCCUGAGACGGCCCUUCUCCUUCUCCUUCUUCCUUCCGCUUCCCAAUUGGGAAGGGCCACUCGGGAGCAUCUGGGAUCUCUGGCUCCACGUCCAUGUGCGAACCCGAGCCGAACAUCAGAGACCUCUGGAGGAUGAGGGCACGCGUGGUUGUGGUACUCGUCAAGCGCCACCGUACUCGAGCCACGCGCACGACAAACAGCAAGGUCAUCAAAAGGAACCAGACUUCAGAACGCAGUUAACACGCACCUGCCGUGAACACUCGACCCAUGCAAGUAUGUUUU